CUUCCAAACUUGAAGUUUAGUUAAAAAAAAUAAUCCCGUUGAGAAAAUGCAUCGAGUGUUGUUAACAGUUCUCUUAAUCACCAUUGUGGGUUUGUGUGCUGCCCAGUUAAAUUUCACACCUAAUUGGGGAAAACGCGCACCAGAAGGCGAAUCCAACAGAUGCAAAGAGUCCGUCGACACGAUUAUGCUGAUAUACAAAAUUAUCCAGAACGAGGCGCAGAAAUUAGUGGACUGUGAGAAGUUCUCAAACUAACACGAAUCGAAACCGUUUAUUUUAUGCCCAUGUGUCAAUUUAAUUCUUCAGUG